AUGACUAUUAUAACUAAAGCAAAACACCAUCAACUUGAAGAACAACAAAGUAAUCUAUCAACUGAUGAUGAGAAAUAUAGUGAAGAUCAAUCUUUAGAUUAUGUUUCUGAUAAUGAUAUUUUUACUGAUAUCUAUA